CCAAAAGACAGGUAAAAAUAAAUUUAAUAUUAUAUCAUCUAACACCCUCCUUCACUUGUAGAAGACUUCGUAAUGCUGCAGGAGUUUGAAUACAAGAUUUUCUAGACCAUUUGUUCUGAUAAGUUUAAGCUGAUGGGUGAAGUUGGAGGAAGCAUUAAGUGAUGUGGAAGGCAAGUAAGAAAGAGCAGGCAUUUAAGCUACAGUGGACAUUCUAACUACUGUACCAGAAAAUCAAAUAUUUGGAGAUUCAACUACAACUUAUGCCAAGGUCCACCACCUCCCCCGAAGCAGCUGCUUAGAUGAAAGAAACUAUAAAUUGCAAAAUUCUACAUGAUAGCGUUGCAGCUAAAGGUGUGACAAGUAAGCAUUUUAAGCUUUCUAUCAAUGGAAAGAAUGCAUGUUCUGCAUCAUUAAUUUGUUAGUUGGAAAGAUUAGGUAAAAUUACCUGGGGUUUUGAGUUUAGUUUCUGUUGGAGAUAUUAAGAGUCUCACAUUGGAAAAACAAAAGAGACUCGUACUCCAUAUAAGAUAGGUGGGCUACUCCUUUCAUUGCCAAUUUGUUUUGAGAUGAAACCUCAUACUAUCAAAUUUAACCGUUUCUACUUGAUCUCUAGGUUUUAAAAUGUUAUACAUUAGGAAAUGUUUGUGGGCUAAGUGAGUUAUUAUAGUUAGUAGUUAUUAUAUAGUAUGAGUUAUGAUAGUUUGUGUUUUGAGUGCAUACGGCCAACUAUUCUAGUUAGUGAAAAUAAAAGAGGAUGGAUAGGAAAUAUUAAACAUUGUAACGAAAAAGAAUUUGAAAUGAUAAUAUUGUAGUUAAUUGUGAAUUAUAAUAAUUGAAAAACACCAACUACAUAGCCCAUUCUACCUAGGUAAAGUUGGGGGCUCAAAUAGUCUUGAAAACUCAUUUUCUUAGCUGGGUUUCAAUUUAGUUUCUAAGUUUCAAAAUAUUACAAUUCUAUCUUUCAAAAUUUGAGUUUUUCUUUUGAAUUUGAUAUGGGUUUCAAGAUUUUUCAUUUAAAUACAAAAAUUAUUGUAAAUUAAUUACGUAGACAAUAAGUUGAAAGUGAGUAUUUAAUGAAAAAUUGAGAUUAUAAUUGUGAAUCUUCAAACCUAUAUAUUGUAAUGAAAUAGAACUCAAAUAUCUAUAUGAUUGUAACAUUUUGAAAACUAGAAACCAAAUUAAAACCAAAUUGAAACAAAACUCUAACACUUAAAGGACUAAAUAUAUAAUAUUUUGAAAACUAGAAACCAAAUUGAAACCAAAUUGAAACAAAACUCUAAGACUUAAAGGACUAAAUAUAUAAUAUUUUGAAAUUUAAGAAUCGUAUAGAAACUAAAGAGAAAAGCUAGGACCUGAAGCUAUUUUACCUUCUUCAUAUAUAAGCUUUCACCUUUCUAUUAGUUAGGUGGUCAUUUUCGACUAUCUUCCCCUCACGAUAUGAUAGGAUGAUUUUUGUCUUAACCUUGAAACAACAGCCAUCCUUCUCUCUCUCCCCCCCUUUAAUUUUAAAGCUAAAGCAAAGAGCUCAAUUCUCCCACCAAACCAAUCGUCAAAUACACCCUCGUACACAUCCCAAACUCACUAACUCUCCAACCAUGGAAGACCCUGAAAUACCUAGCCAAACUUCUGCCUCCGCAGUCGACACCUCCCGCCCCUUCCGCUCUGUCAAAGAAGCCGUCGCUGUGUUUGGCGAACGCCUUCUAGUUGGAGACGCAUACUCAUCAUCUCCAAAACCAUCCACGGACGCUCCAUUGCCUGAAAUAGGCACAUGGGAGGCAAUGCCAAGCUCUACAACAACAAUAAAAGAAGAGAAAGAACAUGUUUUGGUUAGCUUGAAGAAACUCGAGGCAGAGCUGGAAGAGACCAAGGAAGAGUUGAGGUUGCUAAAGGAAAGGGAAGAAGAUACAGAAGUGGCAUUGGCAUCACUGAAUGCAGAGCUACAUAAGAACAUGUCGAAGUUAGCCGAGGCCGAGGCGGCCGCAGCGGGAAAAGCUGCAGCGGCGAGAAGAAUUGUGACGAGCGGAAGGAUAGAAGAAGAAAUGAAGAGGUCGGAAUUGAAGAUGAGGAGAAUGGAGGAGACAGAUUCACCUACAUUAGCUCAGAUAUUGAGCUUUGGAGACAAAAUAGGGUAUUUUGGAGGGAAGAAGGAAAAGAAAAAGAUAAAGAAAAAACCAAUUAUUCCUCUGGUGGGAGAUUUGUUGUUAAUAUUAAGGAAAAAAGGGUCUUCUGAGAAUGAUCUUCGUUCAUCUUUCAAUUAAAAACCUUUGUAUUUGCCUUCUCCCUUCUCUCUACUUGUAUGUUUCUCUAUCCGUUUGUGUGUCGGUUGUGGAUUGUAAUUUAGUAUAUGUUUGUAAGUGAUUUUGAAAUAGUUGAAAUCACUUUUGUUAUUUUCAAAAUGGUCGUAGAACACACUCUCAUCGCUUAAAAUUAAAUCGAGGGUUGAGUUUAUGAACA